AAAAAAACAGCAAUGAUGGAAAUUUGGGAUGACUCUUUACCAAUUCAUGUUGCUUCUGAAUUUCAUAAUUUUUCAAUACUUGAAGAGUUAGUAAGACUUGGUGGUGAAGUAAAUAAGUUAACAACUGAUGACAUGUGGACGCCGUUGAUACUUGCUGCUGCAAAUGAUGAAGAUCAUUUCAAAGAGGCCGGAAUAGACACAAAAACUGGAGAAAGACGUAAUAAUACAACUAUUUCCUUAAAGGACAACGGUGAUAAAAUCAAUAAAUGUGGUAUUGAGAAUGGAGAGAGUCCUCUUUGUAUGGCUUGUUAUAGAGGACGUGAUAGAACAGUACAACUGUUACUGGACAACGGUGCCAGCAUCAAUUUAUGUGAUAAUGAUGGAUUCAGUCCUCUUCAUAUCGCUUGUCAAAAUGGACAUGAUAGCACGGUACAACUCUUAAUAAACAACGGUGCCGAGGUCAAUUUAUGUGACAAGAAUGGAGCCAGUCCUCUUUAUAUAGAUUGUGAAAAUGGACAUGAUAGCACGGUGCAACUCUUAAUAAACAACGGUGCCGAAAUCAAUUUAUGUGACAAGAAUGGAGCCAGUCCUCUUUAUAUAGAUUGUGAAAAUGGACAUGAUAGCACGGUGCAACUCUUAAUAAACAACGGUGCCGAAAUCAAUUUAUGUGAUAAUGAUGGAUUCAGUCCUCUUCAUAUAGCUUGUCAAAAUGGACAUGAUAGCACGGUACAACUCUUAAUAAACAACGGUGCCGAACUCAAUUUAUGUGACAAGAAUGGAGCCAGUCCUUUUUAUAAAGCUUGUCAAAAUGGACAUGAUAGCACAAUACAACUCUUAAUAAACAACGGUGCCGAAGUCAAUUUAUGUGAGAAGAAUGGAGCCAGUCCUCUUUAUAUAGCUUGUCAAAAUGGAGUGGAUAACACGGUACAACUGUUAUUAAACAAAGGUGCCGAAAUCAAUAUAUGUUACAAGAAUUGAGUAAGUCCCCUUUAUAGAGCUUGUCAAAAAGGACAUGAUAGCACGGUACAACUCUUAAUAAACAACGGUGCCGAAAUCAAUUUAUGUGAGAAGAAUGGAGCCAGUCCUCUUUAUAUAGCUUGUCAAAAUGGACAUGAUAGCGCAGUACAACUCUUAAUAAACAACGGUGCCGAAGUCAAUUUAUGUAAGAAGAAUGGAGCCAGUCCUCUUCAUAUAGCUUAUCAAAAUGGACAUGACAGCACGGUACAACUCUUAAUAAACAACGGUGCCGAAGUUAAUUUAUGUGAGAAGAAUGGAGUCAGUCCCCUUCAUAUAGAUUGUGAAAAUGGACAUGAAAGCACGGUACAACUCUUAAUAAACAACGGUGCCGAAAUCAAUUUAUGUGAUAAUGAUGGAUUCAGUCCUUUUCAUAUAGCUUGUCAAAAUGGACAUGAUAGCACGGUACAACUCUUAAUAAACAACGGUGCCGAACUCAAUUUAUGUAACAAGAAUGGAGUCAGUCCUCUUUAUAUAGCUUGUCAAAAUGGACAUGAUAGCGCAGUACAACUCUUAAUAAACAACGGUGCCGAAGUCAAUUUAUGUGAGAAGAAUGAAGUCAGUCCUCUUUAUAUAGAUUGUCAAAAUGGACAUGAUAGCACGGUACAACUCUUAAUAAACAACGGUGCCGAAGUCAAUUUAUGUGAGAAGAAUGGAGCCAGUCCUCUUUAUAUAGCUUGUCAUAAUGGACAUGAUAGCACGGUACAACACUUAAUAAACAACGGUGCCGAUGUCAAUUUAUGUGACAAGAAUGGAACCAGUCCUCUUUAUAGAGCUUGUCAAAAUGGACAUGAAAGCGUGGUAAAUCUUUUAUUGAACAACGGGGCCGAUAUCAAUUUAUGCCACGAGAAUGGAAUUAGUUUACUGAAUAACGGUGCCGAAAUCAAUUUAUGUGAUAAUGAGGGAGUCAGUCCUCUUUGGAUAGCUUGUUAUAAUGGACAGGAUAGCACGGUACACUUCUUACUGAACAACGAUGCCGAUAUCAAUUUAUGUAACAAGAAUGGAGCCAGUCCUCUUUAUAUAGCUUGUCAAAAUGGACAUGAUAGCACGGUACAAUUGUUACUGAACAACGGUGCUGACAUAAAUUUGUGUGAUAAAGAUGGAAACAGCCCUUUUUGGAUAGCUUGUGAAAACUCACAUAGCAGCACCAUCGAACUUCUAUUAAAUUCAGGUGCUGAUGUCAAUUGAUGCAAUAAAGGUCACUGCAGUCCGCUGUACAUAGCAUGUCUCAACGCUGAUGACAGUAUGGUCCAACGUUUAUUGACAAAGGGGCCGACAUCAAUUGAUGUGACAACGAGGGAACCAGUCCACUCUACAUAGCCUGCGAAAAAUGGAUAUUACAGCACAGUCGAAUUAUAAUUAUUAUUAGGAAAUGGUACUUGUGUUAAUUUAUGCAAUAAAGACAACAAGAGUCCACUGUACAUAACAUAUUUAUAUUGACAUGACACUAUCGCUGAACGUUUACUACAAUUUGGUGCUGAGUUUUUAUUCUGAAGAUGAAUUCAAUGAUUUCUCAAUACCAAGUGCGUUCACAUUAUUUCUGAGAUAUGGAGCUUAAAGAAAUUUUAGCUUUGAUUAGAGCUGACAAAAAUGAGUGGGAUACUAUGAUUUAGAAUUUAAAGCAUUUAUUUAAAAAGAUUUACAUAAGAAGAAGAAAACACUUGCUGUAUCUUUCAUUUCAACAUUCAGAUAAAUCGACGACGUAUUAUCAAUUACAAAUAUCAAUAUUUAUUUUCAUUUAAAUGUCGACUUGCUAUUUCCUAGUGAAUUUGAAAUAGACGACGCCACAAAAUCUGUUACUUCUGUUUCAUAUUCGAAUGUUCGGAAAAUUAUAUUAUAGUAAUUAAUUGCAUUGUUAGCAAAUAUAACCUUUCAUGAAUGGGUUUAACAGACCAAGUGAUAGACUGUUUUGAACU